UGCUUCUUUCCUCCUUUAGGGACAUUGACAGGUCACAGUCAUGGGACAGAAUUCCUCUUCUACACCCCCUCAGAAGGAGGAUCCUGAUUUGACCUGCAGCCUUGACACAAACCUUCAGAGUUUCAAGAUGGAAACCAAAAUCCUGCCCCAGGAAUUAAUCACCUUGAUUGAAUCAUACUUAGAGGACGGAAACCUUCAGGGAACAGUUUCUGCAAUCAGCAGUGCUCUGCGUGACAUCGACAAAGCCCCACUGAACAUUGCCGUGAUGGGGGAAACUGGGACUGGAAAGUCCAGCCUCAUCAACACUCUACAGGGAGUGGGGCCUGAAGAAGAAGGUGCAACUGCUUCCACUGGGGUGGUAUGUACAACCACUGAGAGAACAGCAUACCAAUACACAAAGUUUCCCGGUGUGACACUAUGGGACCUGCCUGGCAUUGGGUCCACUGCCUUCCAACUUCACGACUAUCUCAAGAAAAUCCACUUUGAGGAAUAUGACUUCUUCAUCAUUGUCUCUUCUGGACGCUUUAAACAUAAUGAUGCAGAACUGGCCAAAGCCAUUGUGCAAGUGAAUAGGAGUUUCUAUUUUGUUCGAACCCAUACAGAUAUUGAUCUAAUGGUUCAAAAACAGAGUAGUCCUAGGAGAUUCAACAAAGACAGCAUCUUAAAGCAGAUUAGAAAUAGCAUUUCAACUGUACUUAGCGAGGUGACCCAACAGGAGCCUCCAGUCUUCUUGGUCUCUAACUUUGAUGUUUCUGACUUUGACUUCCCAAAGCUGGAGAACACCCUACUGAGGGAACUCCCAGCCUACAAACGCCGCAUGUUCAUGCUCACUUUGCCAGUGGUUACAGAUCCCACCAUAGACCGGAAGAGGGAUGCCCUGAAACAGAAGAUCUGGAAGGAAUCCAGGAUGCCGAGAGCCUGGGCCACCAUACCGUUCAAGGGAUUGACCAAAAACGACUUAGACAAUUUGGAAGAGAAUUUGAACAGCUACAGAUCUUCCUUUGGCCUGGAUGAGGCAUCACUGGAAAAGAUGGCUGAGGAUUUGCACAUGACACUGGAGGAGCUCAAGGCAAACAUGAAGUUUCCACGUUUGUUCUCAGAAGAGCAGGGUGCAACCUUAACAGAUAAACUAGUGAAGAACCUUAGCCACCCUUACUCUUCAAAGGUUUUCCACUUGCAAAACUACUUCGUUGACACCGUGGCAAGUGAUGUCAAAAUUAUCCUUAGUAAAGAAGAGCUUUUUUCAGAGAAGCAUCUUCAACUGCACACAGCUACAUGCAAGCCUUCCUGUGGCAGACCCUCUCCUUUAAUGGCUGAGCUUUUGGCAUUCAGCUUUGAAAACUUUUUGAAGAAUUUCAAGAAGGAAAGCAAAAUCCUCUCUGAUGAGACCAUCGCCUUGAUUGAAUCCCACCUGGAGGAUAAGAACCUCCAGGGGGCAAUGUCUGCAAUUCGUCAUGCUCUGAGAAACAUCGACAAAGCCCCACUGAGCAUCGCUGUGACAGGGGAAACGGGUACAGGGAAGUCCACGUUCAUCAAUGCCCUGAGGGGGGUUGAGGAUGAAGAAGAAGGCGCAGCCCCCGUUGGGGUUGUAGAGACAACCACGGAGAGAACCCCAUACCCACACCCAAAGCUUCCCAGCGUGACCAUAUGGGACCUGCCUGGCAUUGGGUCCACUACUUUCCAACCUCAAGCCUAUCUAACAGAAAUGAAGUUUGGUGAGUAUGACUUCUUCAUUAUCAUCUCGGCCACACGCUUCAAAAAAACGGAUGCGCUUCUGGCCAAAGCCAUUGCAAAGAUGAAUACGAAGUUCUACUUUGUCCGAACCAAGAUAGACAGUGACCUAGACAAUGAACAGAGGAGGAAACCUAAGACUUUCAAUAGGGACAGUGUCUUAAAGAAAGUUCAGGAUGACUGUUCGAAGCAUCUUCGGGAGGCCCUCGGCAGCGAGCCUCCAGUCUUCUUGGUCUCUAACUUUGAUGUGUCUGACUAUGACUUCCCGAAGCUGGAGACCACCCUACUGAGGGAACUCCCAGCCCAUAAGCGCCACGCCUUCAUUCUGUCCUUGCACAGUGUGACUGAGACUGCCAUUGACCGGAAGAGGGAUCUCCUCAAACAGAAGAUCUGGCUGGAGGCCCUGAAGGACGGAGCAUGGGCCACCAUUCCAUUUGGGGGUUUGAUCAGAGAUAAAAUGCAGAAGUGGAAGGAGACCUUGAAUCUCUACAGGUCUUACUUUGGGAUAGAUGAUGCCUCGCUGGAAAAUAUUGCCAAGGAUUUUAACAUGUCUGUGAAUGAAAUCAAGGCACACGUUAAGUCUCUCCAUUUGUUAACAGGGAAAAACAACAUGUCCUUAGAAGAAAAACUAUUGAAAUAUAUUGAACAUAUUUCCUCUGUUAUUGGGGGUCCCCUUGCCAUGGGCCUUUACUUUAGGAAAACUUUUUACUUGAAAAGUCUCUUCAUUGACACGGUGGCCAGUGAUGCCAAGGCUCUCCUUAGGAAGGAAGAGUUUUUAUCAAAGAAGGUGGGAUCCUGCGUGUCUGACCCCCCUGAAUACUGGGAAAUAGCCAUGGAGCUAUGAGGCGCGUACCUCAAAAUUGGCUUCAGGCACUGACUUAUAGCCAUACUUAAGCAGCAAACAUAUUCUAGGAAAGCUCAGAGGAGUCUUGUUUUUCUUACAGAAACAGGACAUCACUGUGGCAAGUGUAAGAUCAGUCACCAGCUGUGUAAAAACACAUCAGAAAAGUGGUCUUCCAUUAAAAUAUCAUGUAUGAGAAUACAUUGUAGGCUUUGACAUUUUUAAAAUCUACUUUACUUGGGGUUUCUUAAUGCCUCUAUCUCUGCCAACCCACCUACCUCAGGUAGGAGAAAAUAAGGUUAGUAGAGACAGGUGAUGUGGACCAUUUUAGACUCUGCUCCUUGAGGCAAAUCACCUUUUUUUCCCACCAGUUAGGACAAGCAGUGAACACAGCAGCAGGAACUAGCAGCAGUGGGAGCAACAGCAGCCUCUUUGAAAUUUUCUCUGCAGCGUUUCUCUCUAGAAGCCUCUUGAACAAUGUGAAACAAUGCAAAAUAAUCUCUCCCUGUUUGGGGUCUCCUAUUUAUGCCCUCCCACCGUCUUCACAGGAUGUUGUCCAGGGGGCAAAAGUCACGCCCCCUUCAUGAGGCAGUUCCAUGCUGACAAAGAUUAUGCAUCCUCUCUGGUGUCUGUUUCCAGCUGACAAAUAUCACUUUCCCUCUCAAAAAACAAUUUCAUAUCUCACUCUUGGGAUCAAAACAAAAAAUAUUUAUAUCCCCAAAGCUUUCACUACAUGUCUCCCUUUUGUUUUAAAAAAAUGGCUUUUUGGGCUGGAGAGAUGGCUCAGUGGUUAAGAGCACUGCCUGCUCUUCCAAAGGACCCAAAUUCAGCAUCCACAUGGCAGCUCACAACUGUCUGUAACUACAAGAUCUGACACCCCCUACACCAAGGCACAUAAAUUAAAAUUUAAAUAAAAUAUUUGUAAAUGGCUUUUUCUGUAAAAUUAAUAAACUAUAUACAAUAAGAUUAAUUGUGAGAAUUAUCAGAUAAGAAUUACAUACUAA